AUGCGCAAAGGAAAGAAAAAUCCGGCAGCAAGAGCUGGCCAAAACCAGGUAAACUUUGACAAGGAAAACCUUGUGCAGGAAGUAAAAAACAUGAAAGAUGGUGGGAAGGUACGUUGAUUUUCUGUUUGGUGUAUAGGAGGGUUAUUCCCAGAAAUAUCAAAUUAUUCACGUUUAAGAUGCCCCUAGGUACUGUGAGGCAGCAUGUGUGGGAACCAGCUCCAUAUUGAGGAAUGGAGGAAAAGAUUAUCAUAACUGAGGCUGUCUAUAAAGUGCAGCAUGGGACAGGCUCAGGGGAUUGACUUGCUUCCAACUUCACCCAUUUUACUAUGCUUGGGGAUACUCUAUUCACCCUGGCUAAACGAAAAAUUCAUCCGUCAUGACGAGGCCUGACUAAGCUCUGUAAUAUGAAUUAACUUUCAACAAAGGAGAUCCUAGAUAAUGAAUGGAAAGUCAAUCUCAGAAAAAUAGGAGCAGCAUUACUUCUUCCAAUAACUGAUACAGAUAUGUACUAUUCUUAGAUCAAUAAUUCCGACCCUGGGAGAAGGUAUGGUCUUAACGACGUAAAAUUAGGUAACAUGGUGGUAAGAAUGUGGAGCAGUUCCAACAGCAUCACAGAAGUGCACCAAAAGCAAGGCGUGGGUUCAACAAAAUGCUUGGAGGGUUCAUAUCUGUUACUGACCCCCAAAAAAUCCUUUAAAAAAAUCCUUAAAGGCAAGGACUCACUUACUGAGUAGAGUCUGUAGUUAGCCUCCCCAAUUUAAGUAAGUUCGUCUCCCCCCUUCCACCAUUUUGAAAGAUCUUUCAACAUUACUGUGAUUGUGCAAUGUUUCUAUGAUGAAGCCUAAUAAUGAUUUUAAAGUACAGUCAACUCCCUUUAUAGCGGACACUGUAGGGACCUCGAGGCGGUGUCCUCAUUAGCGAGAGUCCGUAAUAGCGGGAGUUUAUUUCAGUCAAGCGUCUGUAACAUGUUUUUGCCGGGGAUUUAGCUGCUGUCCGUAAUAUGGGGGUGUCCGUUAUAGCGGGGUGUCCGCAAGGCGAGAGUUGACUGUAAAUACUCUAAUUUUGGCACUAAUAUAAAUCCAGCCAAAGUAUAAAAACUAAUUAUGCCUUUCACCACUAUUAUUUAUCUACAAAAAGGAAAAAAUAAAACUGUUAUUUCUGUUAUUACUGUAGGAUAAACUUGAUGCUGGUGAAUAUGUUAUCGGUGAAUUUGUGGUUCCAAAGAGAUGCCGCAACUACGUUUCAAAGAGUAAGGGCACCCUUCAAGAGAUGGAAUUUGCUGUCUCUGCAAGAAAAAUUCCACUCUCUGAAAUCAGGGAAAGAGAACUGUAG